AUGGGAGCUUCUGAUGUGUCGAGUGAGGUCUCCUCUGGUGCUACCAGCGCCAGCAACAGCGACACGGAUGUGAGGCAGAAGGCCAGAGAACUUGACCCGGAUGGAUCCCUUCCACCUCCUAGCAGAUCAGAAGCAUCUGCACAAGGCGAUGCGGCCACUGAUGCUUCUGCUGACCCACCGAGGGAGAGAAGCCAGUUAAUCAGCUCGGAGGAUGGCAGCGACACAUCACGGAGGAAAAGAAGGAAAAAGGAGAAGAAGGAGAAGAAAGACAAGUCACUGAAACUUAAGAAAAAGAAGAAGAGCAAGAGCAAGGACAAGGACAAGAAAAAGAAGCGGAAGUCAGAGGGAAAGGACAAAGACAAGGGGCCUGUUCAGCUUUCCAAGAUACGCCUUAAGAUUGACAAGACAAAGGAGGACAUCGAGGCAGAGAAGAAGCGGAGAGACCUGCUGGCCUCUUUGAACGAGAUGUAUAACUGA